UGUGUUAACGGCUCAUAGCGCAGCUGGAAGGGGAGGGUGUAGCUGUGCAGUCCCGCCCCCUGCCGCUUCUGGGAAGGACAGUGCUUGCCACUGUUAGUCUGGCCCUUCCGGCCAGUCCGCAGGGAGCGGUCCUUUGCGAUGGACGCGGUGUCAGCCACUGGGCUCGGGGUCACCGUGUCCCAGGGCUUUGCCAAGCUGUUGCGGCCUCUGCAGAUGCUGUACGCGGCCCUCGAAGCCCGGCUGCUGAGGCUGGUUGCUACCUUGCCUGAGCAUGUUCAGCCCCGGCCUGACUUUUAUGGGCUCCCCUGGAAGCCUGUGUUGUUUACUGCCUGUUUGGGAAUCGUUUCGUUGGCCAUUUUCUUCUGGAGGACAGUCCUUGCUGUCAAGGAGAGAACAUACCAAGUCACUGAACAGCAGAUUGCUGAGAAGCUGAAGAAUACCACAAAGGACAGUGCAGAACUUGUCAAAAAAGUGUCAAGUUAUAAACAGAAGAUCGAGGAAUCAAAGAAGCUUAUUCUGGAGACGAAGGAAAAAAAUUCUCAUCAAACAAUUAAAUACAAGGCUGAAAUCAAGGUGCUUGAAGAAAGAAAUAAAUUUCUGACAGGUAUUGCCAAAACUGUUGGUGUUAUAUUCAAAUCUGAGAGGAAACGAAACGUGCAAAAUCAGGAUUUGCUCGCUGACCCUCCAACUCAAUAUAAGGGUGCCUCCAGUGAGUCGAAGCAGCGGGACCUCCGAAGGCUUGGCAAGUUACGGCGGAACCCCAUCAAGUCCAGGCGAGGCCCCGGCAAGUCAUGGCAGGACCCCAGCCAGUGGCGGUGGAAGCCCGGCAAGGUGUGGUGGAGACCCAGCAACGUGUGGCAGGGACCUGGCAAGCUGCCGAGGGGACCUGGCAAGCCCCUGCGGAAAUCCGGCAGGGUGCGGCAGGACCCACCAGGGCACGGCGGGACCCUGCUAGAGCAGGAAGCUGAAGACCGGGAGUAUGUGCAUGCUGAACUCAGCGAGGAAAUCAGGUCCUUAGAGAUGUCUCAGAGGCAUCUGGAAGCUACUCUCGCUCAUAAGGAUGAUAGAAUCAGGGCUCUGACCAACUGCAUCAUACAGCUGAAUCAGUUUGAGAGUGGAUCUGAAUCUGAGGGUCCAGGUCCAGGCAGAUGUGAGCCAGGUGAAUUAGCCAAUGGAGAAGUGGGAGGUGAGGAGAGUAAGCUGAAGACUGGCAUGAACCAGCUGAUGGAUGUCUCUGGGACACAAGCCAAAAUAUCCGUGCUUCGGGAGGAACUCAAACUCCUGCAAGUUAAGCCGAAAGCCUCCCUGUCUGCUAACUAUGACCUGAAAGACCAGAUCAAGAAGCUGAAUGAGGACUGUGGCAUGCUGCAGGCAGCCAAGGCUGGGCUGGAGGAGGAGUGUAGGAUGCUGCAGCAGAAGGUGGAGAUCCUGAAGGAGCUGUACCAAGAGAACGAGAUGGAGCUGCAGAAGAAACUGAUUCAGGAGGAAUUGGAGCUGCAGGAGCGAGACCAGUGGCUGUCGGCUCCAGAUGAGAAGGUGGUGCUGGCCACAGAGGAAGUCAAAGUCUACAAGCAGAGAAUUCAUGAAAUCGAGCAAGAAUUAGAGAAAACAGAGCGCUCAUUUAAAAACCAGCUUGCUAUUCAUGAGGAGAAAGCCCACGAGAAUUUGGUCAAAGCCUGGCACACCGAGCGCCUAAUUGCAAAGGAGAAGCGGGAGGCCACCAGCCUGCGGCACAGGCUCCUGGAGAUGACCGAGAAGCUGGCCAUGAGUCAAGAGGAGCCAGUGAUUGGCAAGCCGAUGCCGGACCAGCCAGGAGUGCAGAAUGCGCCCCGCAGAGAUCCCGGUCCUGGGCCUGUGGCCAACAGUGACUCCCGCGGCUCCUCCCUGGCAAAGGGCAUGGACAACGGCAAGGUGAGCAUGGCUGCGAAGGGGCCCCCAGCCUAUCCAGGGCCCCUAUUCCUGGGAGGCCCCAUAUCGCACCCCGUGGACUAUGGGCCUCUGCUGCCACAAAGGCUAUGUGGGCCCUUCAGGCCUCAGCCGAUUCCUCCAUCGGGACCGCUGACAUUCGUCCCACGCAUGGGCCCACCACUUGGCUUAAGAGAAUACACGCUCGGCAUCCUGCCCAGACGCUGCGACUUGCCGGUGCACCCCCACGAGUUCUUGCCAGGACCUGUGCUAUUCAGGCCUCCAGGCCCGCUUGGCCCCCAAGAGUACUUCAUUCCUGCUCCUAGAAUGCCACCACCACCUGCCUGGCCCCAUAACUACCCACCACCGCAUGCCACAAGGGAGUCCCUGGUCUCGGAGCCCAAAGAAGCCCCAGCCUCACUGCAAAGCAGCCGGGAACCUGCCCACGCUCUGAGGCAGAGCACAUAAUACCCCACUAAUCAGAGGGCCAAGGUUUUUAUUGGUUUUGGAGGUCCAGUUCAUUUUAAAAGGUUUUUAUUACUAAACUGCCUUGAGUGGUGUACAUUUUUCAGCCAAACAAUACAGAAGUCUCAUCUUCCUCUCUAAAAUUGCCUCUUAAGCUAGAGUGACAUUCCAACUUUGAAACGUGCAAUAAUGAUCCCUGUGUUUUACUUAAUAUAGCAUAGGUAUGUGUAAAAUGAUUCAGAACAUUGUAAAAAUAAAUAUUUCCUCCGGAAAUAGUUUAAGAACACA